CAGACGGCAGCUUUCUGAGCCCGGGGACAGGCUGAAGCGGCGCCAGCACAACUGCCACCGCUCUCCCAGAGAAGACCUGGGCUCGGGGAGAGAAAACUAAGCCCGGAGAUCCAUUCCUCCUCGACACGGUUCCUCCGGGCAGACCCGGCGGCUCCGCGCCUCUGCGCGAUACCCAUCGCAGCCACUUAGCGGGGCGUGCCAGGACUUGGGUCGCGGGUUGGAAAGAGCCAGGCGCGAGGCGGCGGCGGCCCGGGAGCGAGGGUGCGCUCCCUGGGACUGGAAAGGAAGGAGUGAGUGGCGGGCUGGGCGGAGGCGGCGGCUGUAGCCGCGGGUACCUCCCCACCUCUCCGCUUCGUAGGCAGCACCGCCUCCAGGGCCGGGGCCGCUCGGCCGGGUCUUCUGCGCGUUCCCGGGCCCUGAGCCGGCGCACGAUGCGCCCGGCUGCCUUCUGAUCGCCGCUGCGCCGCCGCCUCCGCCGCGAUGAUCCCCCCUGAGCCACCACAGCAGCAGCUGCAGCCGCCACCACCGCCAGCCCCGCCGAACCAUGUGGUGACCACCAUCGAGAACCUGCCGGCCGAGGGCAGCGGUGGCGGCGGCGGGAGCCUGUCCGCCUCCUCGCGGGCUGGCGUGCGCCAGAGGAUCCGCAAAGUGCUGAACAGGGAGAUGUUAAUCUCUGUGGCUCUGGGUCAAGUGUUAUCUCUUCUUAUUUGUGGAAUUGGCUUGACCAGCAAGUACCUGUCAGAAGAUUUCCAUGCCAAUACACCAGUCUUCCAGAGUUUCCUCAAUUACAUACUUCUCUUCUUGGUCUAUACCACCACCCUAGCCGUCAGACAAGGAGAAGAAAACCUUCUGGCAAUUUUACGACGACGAUGGUGGAAGUAUAUGAUCCUGGGACUGAUAGACCUAGAAGCCAAUUAUCUGGUGGUCAAGGCUUACCAGUACACGACCCUGACCAGCAUCCAGCUCCUGGACUGUUUUGUGAUCCCAGUGGUGAUUUUGCUCUCUUGGUUCUUCCUGCUGAUCCGGUACAAGGCUGUGCAUUUCAUUGGCAUUGUUGUCUGCAUCCUGGGAAUGGGCUGCAUGGUAGGAGCGGAUGUACUCGUGGGAAGGCAUCAGGGAGCAGGGGAAAAUAAGCUGGUAGGGGACCUUCUGGUCUUAGGCGGAGCCACACUCUAUGGUAUCUCUAACGUCUGGGAAGAAUACAUCAUCCGAACCUUGAGCCGAGUGGAAUUCCUGGGAAUGAUUGGUCUGUUUGGUGCAUUUUUCAGUGGAAUUCAAUUAGCUAUCAUGGAGCACAAGGAGCUGUUAAAGGUGCCCUGGGAUUGGCAAAUAGGACUGCUCUAUGUUGGCUUCAGUGCCUGCAUGUUUGGUCUCUACAGCUUUAUGCCAGUUGUCAUAAAGAAAACCAGCGCCACCUCGGUCAACCUCUCUCUGCUCACAGCGGAUUUGUACAGCCUGUUCUGUGGAUUGUUUCUCUUCCACUACAAGUUUUCAGGACUUUAUCUCCUGUCUUUCUUCACCAUCCUUAUCGGGCUAGUGCUGUACUCCUCCACCUCCACCUACAUAGCCCAGGACCCCCGAGUGUACAAGCAGUUCCGCAAUCCUUCAGGAGCUGUUGUGGACUUACCAACCACAGCUCAGGUGGAGCCUUCAGUCACCUACACCAGCCUGGGCCAGGAGACAGAAGAGGAGCCCCACGUUCGGGUGGCCUAGCGUGAGGCCCACCCCGCCCGCUGAGGACAGCUCAGUGGCCGUGUGUUUGCCCAUCAACUCUGUAUUGUACAUAGAGAAAGGUAUUUAUUAGGUGCAGUUCACAUAAGUGGACUGCAAGGUAGCAAACCUCCAAAAGCUUGUAAAAGGAACAAGCUAGAAAUCACUGGAGACACAGGCUCCAAUCCAUCUGACUUGGAGAGAUGCCUAGCUAGUGCGUAUCCUGAUCACAACCCCCCUGCAUUAAUUAUUGUGAAUAUUUUUGAAUCAAAAGCAAGUAUUAUUGUUAUUAUGAUUUGUAUUAUUGUUACUGUUAUUACACUGACUUUCAGGAGGAGGUUUUGUACUCCCAAUAGGAACUAUUGCCAGACCCACAUGUAGUCAACAUAAAUCCCACUUUUCUAUGGCAAGUCACUUUUUAAGAAUCAUACUUUAUUUUUUUGCACAGACUCUAUGAGUGAUGCAUGCCACAGGAGCUCCACCCCUGAGAAGUUUCCUUAUCCUAGGGACCUGGUGGCUAAUGGUUUCCUCUGUUACCUGUUGGAUUGCCUGCUCAAUAAGUAUUUUGUGCUGUGACCCUUGUGGGGAGGGGCAACUGACCAUAUAAUUCUCUAUUCUAGGAAUAGAUAUAAACAAACAUUUUAGCCUUUUUAUAUUUCAAUCUCUGAUUACUCCAGGCCAUGCCAUUCUGUUGUGCCAUGCAAUUCUGCUAAUCAAGUCCCCAUAAUAACAGGACAAGGACUGUUCCAUUUCUGUGGCUUAUGGGAAACGCCAGAAAUAAUAGCAUUUGUGUUUAGGCUUAGAUAUGUUUUUUAAAAUUGUUCAGCCUCUCCCUAUAUCCUUGCUUCAGAAAUUAUAUGGAAGCCCUUUUGAAGUACACCAACAUGGAAAUUAUCUUUGCUGUGGAGUAUCAUUGGUUAUGCCACCUCCUAAAGUCAAGGUGCUGAUCUGGAGCAAUCUCUAAUACUAGCUCAUUUGCUCUGGUCACUUCGUAGUGGUAACAAUGUCACCAUUGAAAAAGUCUGGCAUUUUGGUCAUAUUUGGCAUCCAUCCAAUAACAGGCCAUAUUGACACACAUUCUUAUGGAUACAGAGAACAUGACAGGGUCCCGAUAAGGCUUUGAGUGAUAUGUCACUAAUCUAAUCUAUUCCCCAUAAAGUAGCCCUUUUUUUUUUUUACAAACACAGGAAAUGAAGAAACCUCAUAGACCUCUUUAACUUAGAAUAGAUUCUUUGUGUCAGUAUGUGAAGUACUUUUUGAAUUUGGCUAACUUCAAUAUCAUUCAAAAAAAUCUUCAGUGAAAUAUCAGGGUUUGUAUAAAUGUUUAUGAAAAUUUGACAAUUCAAAUAAAUACAUCUUAAGCAAGCAAAUCAAAAUGCCAGUGGGGUCUCUGUGGAAGACGGAUUGCAGCAAAGGGCCUGAACAAGACCUAAAUAUGGCAGACAAAGGUAUCCCCUGCCCCUGCCAGUACUCAUGUGGCCAUAUUACCUGACUUUUCUACACAGGGUGGGUGGUCCUGUACCAGGAGAUGGGUAGAAAAAUGAUCUUCUCUGAAGUGCAGAUUUCAUGGUCAGUUCAACCCCCUUAAAAACAUGUUACAUUUUCUGUUGGGGGGAAAGAGGUCAAUAUUAAAGUUACAUCAAAUCAAAACACACUUGCCAAUAUCUGCUCUCUGCUACCUUUUAAACCAAUUAAAUACCUUUCUCUGAAUAUUUUGUCCAUUCAGAUCUGAAAACCUUUAAAGACUGUGGUUUUAUUUUUGUGUUUACAUUCCUUUGGUUUGCAUAAUUUGCUUGAUUUAUUGCAUUUUUAGUAUUUAUUUUAAGCCAAAUGUUUUUGUCUUUUCAAUUCGUUUUUAUGACACUAAUUUGUAGACACUUAGUAGUCUUAUGAAAAGCAAGUGGCUGAAACUAUUUCCAUGUCUACUUAGUGGACUGGAAUUAUUUUUUAAUUUAAAUUUCCAAAAAGUUUGCAAUCAACUGAUGGUUAAAGGUCGCCAUAUGAAUUAUUUUAUAGAAUAUUUUAAUUGACUCCAUUGUAUGGAAACCAAGUGUGAAGGUCAAGAUGAAUUCACUGUAUACCUUUAUCAUUCAGUGUCCUUGUAAUCAGACUUCCAUGUCACUGGGUUACCUCACUGUAUUGGUUUGUCUCCAUUUAGAAAGGCUGGUAAUACAUAGAAUAUAAAAGAUCGGAAGUUCCAGACUGACCCUUAAGUGAGGGGGAAAAAAGUAAAGAACAAACUCUUUUUUUGUGUGUAAAAUCAUUGAUCCUUUGGGAGUGGGGUGGGAUAUGGGAAUAGGGUGAUAUUAACUCUAGCCGUUUUAGUUUCUGAGAUUUCAUAACCUCAGUAGACACCAGCAAAAAUUUCAGCUUUUCAAUCCAUCACCACUCUCUCCUCAUCAAAGAGAAUUUAGCAACUUGUGUAAAAUUUGAUUAAGAGCCACCCACAGCUCUCCUAAACCCUGCCAGAGAUGAGUGGUGGUUCUCAUUCCUCCAUGAAAACUUGCACUGGGGACAGAGCUUGCCUUGGUCACACCUUCCCAUGGCUCCAAACUCUGAAACACACAUCAAGGAAGACCAAGCAAUGGAAAAAUUUGCACCACUGAAAAUUUGUCCCAUGAAAAUGUUUCAAUGUUUAGUUUAGAUAUUGCUAACUUGUGCUAUUAACCUUUUGACAAGCGUGUAGUAUUAUUUGUUUUGGGUUUAUUUUUAUUUGUAACCAUUUAGUAGUCCCCAGCUAGCUGCCAGUACAGAUUUUACCCCAUGGGUAGGAUUCUAUUGUUAAGCCACAUAACAAAGCACACUAAUCCUGACACUGCAAAAGAAAAAUAUGAACCAAAAAGGAUAUUUACACCGAUGAGUUGAAAAAACUGUCCAUUUUUGAUAUUUGCAUGCACCCCUAUGGACUGGCUGUGGCAAUGUAAUGCCUGUAUAAUGUUUUCAAAUAAAAAUAAAUGC